UCACCUAACACGUCACUGUCAUACGUUUGUACAUUCAAUAGUGCACCACUGUGAAGUAAUUAGUGAGAGACUGAGUUGGAAAGUAUGAGGAGUCCCACCCACCUUCGUUAUAUACAUACAGAGGCUGAGCUUGAAAAAUAGACCAGCGCGGGCAGGGAGAGACGUCUAGCAAACCAAAAACCAUAAACCAUGAGUUAUCCAGGAUACCCCGCUCAAGCUGGUGGCUAUCCCCCUCAGCCGGGCGCCUACCCACCCCAAGCUGGAGGCUAUCCCCCUCAGCCAGGCGCCUACCCACCCCAAGCCGGAGGCUAUCCACCCCAGGCAGGUGGUUACCCCCCACAGGCUGGUGGUUACCCCCCUCAGGCUGGUGGCUAUCCACCACAGCCUGGAGCUGGAGGGUACCCAGCCAUACCCCCAGCAGAUAGUUGGGGAGGUGGUGCUGGUUUCCCUGCCUUUGGUCUUGAUAAUCUGUCCAACCCUGGAUUCAACGCAGGAAAUCUCCCAGCCAUGCCAGGAGGACAGAUGCCCCAGCCUCAAGGCCCAGGCAUGGCCUAUCCAGGCCAGCCCAUGCCUGGCUACCCACGGGCACCCUCACCCAACCCCUCCAUGCCUGGUUACGGAGGAGGACCAGCGCCUAAUCAGCAAAUGCCAGUGUACCCUCAAGCCCCGUUGCCCAACCCGUCCAUGCCUGGAGGUGGAGCCAUUCCAGUCUCUCCUGCCAUCAAUAGAGGAUUCAGGGGAAGCAUCAAGGAUUAUCCGGGAGCAGACCCACUGAGAGAUGUGGAGGUUCUGAGGAAAGCCAUGAAGGGCUUUGGUACUGAUGAACAGGCCAUCAUAGACCUGCUAGGGAGUCGCUCAAACAUACAGCGUGUUCCCAUGCUCGCGGCCUUCAAAACUUCCUACGGAAAGGAUCUGGUUAAGGAUCUGAAGUCAGAACUGUCAGGGAACUUUGAGAAGCUGGUGCUAGCCAUGUUGAAGACCCCAGCCCAGCUUGAUGCAUAUGAACUCAAAGAUGCCAUUAAGGGUGCAGGGACAGACGAGGCUUGUCUGAUAGAGAUCCUGUCCUCUCGCUCCAACGCAGAGAUCAGAGAGAUCAACAUGGUCUACAAGACAGAGAAUAAGAAGUCACUGGAAGAUGCCAUCAGUGGGGACACCUCAGGACACUUCCGUAGACUCCUCAUCUCUCUGGCCCAGGGUAAUCGAGAUGAAAGAGAGACAGUGGACAUCUCUGUAGCCAAACAAGAUGCCCAGGCUCUGUAUGCUGCUGGAGAGAACAAGGUGGGAACAGAUGAGUCCAAGUUCAAUGCCAUCCUGUGUGCCAGGAGCAAACCCCACCUCAGAGCAGUGUUCCAUGAGUAUCAGCAGAUGUGUGGCAGAGACCUAGAGAAGAGCAUCGACAGAGAAAUGUCUGGGGACCUGGAGAGUGGAAUGGUGGCCGUGGUCAAGUGUAUUAAGAACACACCCGCCUACUUUGCUGAGAGACUUUACAAGGCCAUGAAGGGGGCCGGGACCAAGGACAAAACCCUGAUUCGGAUAAUGGUGACCCGUUCUGAGGUGGACAUGUUGGAUAUCCGUCAGGAAUACGUCAAGACAUAUGGCAAGUCGCUCUACACAGACAUCUCUGGAGACACUUCAGGGGACUAUAAGAAACUGCUGUUAAAGCUGUGUGGAGGGAGCGACUAGAGGAACCAUGUCAGCUUUCUUUACAGGAUGUCCCCCACACUACAUCUCCAAUGUUUACAUAUAUAGCCAUUUUUUACUGACUAGCCUAUAAUAGUAUAUAUAUAUAUAUAUCUAUCUAUGCAUGCACCACAGUCAGCAAUACUGCAUGCCAUGCCAUCCAUUUUCUUCAUUGCAACUUUUAGCACGUUAUGAUAUGAGAAUCUCCAAUCAUAAAAGCUGUUCCUUUUCUAUAUUUUGUAUGAGCAAGAAAGUAUAUGUUUUUCCAUAAGUGUAAUAUCAGUGCUGGAUAUUAUAACUUAGUCAGGGUAAAAAUGCCCUAAAGGUGCAACGUGCAACUUUGAUUAGAAUUGAAAUUUAAAUCAAUAUAUAUUUUAUUUUUUCAAGCCUGUGCCAAUAUUAUGCAUAUCUAAUUGUAAAUGUUAACUAAGUAGUAAUUGGUUUAGUUAAAAUGUUAAAUACAUGACUCUGAAGUCAGAAUACUUAGCAGCUAAAGAACCAAAGUGUUCGGUUUAUAUUUGUGUUUAUAUGGUGUGUGUGUACACUAUCAUUGUGUUUUUUUGUCUGCUGUUUGCAACAAUCUCUUUGAGCAUAUCUGUCAAUCUAACUUCUAACUAAAAUCUCAUUGCAUCACAUUUCAGUAACAGUGCUCUGAUUUUAAUAUUACAUCUGAAAAUAAAUGUUGAGAAACACC